AUGGCUUCUUCACCAUCUAGCCCAAACAUUCAUGCCAAAACGCAGCAGGGACACUCUCAAGACCAAAAUGAGAAUCAGACUCCAAACACUGAUACAGACCUCGACCAACUCAAUGUAGUACUCGACGCUAUACGAUCGAAUCUCUCCAAUGUCCUACGCACAUGGGGCCGGGAGAGUGUGCAAUACCAAUCUGCUCUGGCGAUCAUGCAGUCGUAUUGGGCCGAAAACCUGGACCGUUUGAAAGGGAAAGCUAAAGCUGAAGUUGGUGCCGAGGUCUAUGAUGUGAAAUUGAAGAAGAUGGAGAUGGGAAUUGAGGAAUUGAUGCGUGAUUUGAGACUCGAUUGA